GAAAUGGAAUACUAGUGAUGGUCCAUUAAAUAUUUCCAUUUACAGCAAAUCUUUUGAGUUGGGGUUUGUUCCAGGCUCUAGCUAGUAAUGCCGGAGGGCGAGGUCAAGUUGUUGGGGCUAUGGCCAAGCCCAUUUGUCAUACGGGCGAGGAUCGCACUCAAUCUCAAAUCGGUGGAUUAUGAGUUUGUUGAAGAAAAGUUCGGGACUAAGAGCGAACUCCUUCUCAGAUCCAACCCAGUUCACAAGAAGAUCCCUGUUCUCAUUCAUGACAAUCAACCCAUCUGCGAGUCCUUGGUCAUUGUUCAAUACAUAGACCAAGUCUGGACCUCUGGGCCAUCUAUUCUUCCCUCUGACCCUUAUGAUCGUGCUAUUGCACGCUUUUGGGCAGCCUACAUUGAUGAUAAGUGGUGGCCAUCUAUGGUUGGACUGGGGAAAGGACUAGGGCAGGAUGCGGAGGCAACAAUGAUAGAUGAGGCCAGAAGGGGGCUUGAAUUGUUAGAAGAGGCAUUCAUCAAGUGUAGCAAGGGAAAGGCCUUCUUUGGUGGAGAACGCAUUGGCUAUCUCGAUAUUGCAUUGGGUGCCUUCUUAGGGUGGUUGGGGGCCAAGGAGAAAAUGGCAGAUGUGAAGCUUUUAGACGAGGAGAAGACGCCUCAUCUGGCCCAGUGGGCACAGCGCUUUAAAUCAGACCCUGCGGUGAAGGGGCUGAUACCAGAAACUGACAGGUUGAUCGAGUUCGCUAAGAUGGUUCAGGCGUGGCUCAAAGCUAAAGCUGCAGCACCACCUACUCAGUAGGGAAAGACUAGGCAGCCUCUGCCUCUGUUGCUGUGUAAUAAAACUUUGUGGGUAGAGAGACUAGAGAGUUAAGGCUUUGUGGUCCUUGUCUUGUUUGACUGGUGAAUUUUGCUUCAGUUUUUUUUUUUUACCUCAUCCGUCCGCAUUA